CCUGAUAAAGGAAACACGUCCCCUUUCGAGGAAGAACAGCACAUGCGUUUCCUUCCCUUGCUCGCAUCGCAGCACCACCCCUCAAUCACAAAUAUAUCUUAGUCUCUGGUAAACUGAACGGUCAAAAUGGUUCGGAAAUUGAAAUUUCACGAGGAGAAGCUUUUGAAAAAGGUGGACUUUAUCAACUGGGAAGUGGACAACAACUUGCAUGAGGUCAAAGUGCUCCGGAAGUAUCACAUCGAGAAGAGAGAGGAUUACACAAAGUACAACAAGCUCAGCCGAAACAUCCGAGAUCUGGCCCAGAAGGUCCGUGACGUUGAUGAGAAGGACGGCUUCAGAGCUCAGUGCACAGCCCAGCUCCUGGAGAAACUAUACUGUAUAGGUUUGAUUCCUACCAAACUGAGUCUGGCCCUCACGGAGAAGGUGACCGCAUCUUCAUUCUGCAGGAGAAGACUGCCCAGCAUCAUGGUGAACCUGCGCAUGGCCCAGAACCUCAAGACAGCCAUCACCUUCAUCGAUCAGGGACAUGUACGUGUUGGACCAGAGAUCAUCACAGACCCAGCUUUCCUCAUUACAAGGAACAUGGAAGACUUUGUGACAUGGGUUGACUCUUCUAAGAUUAAGCAGCAUGUCAUGAAUUACAACGACGAGAGGGAUGACUUUGACCUUGUGGUAUAGAGUCCCCAUGCUGAGUAUCACCCAUCACUACCAUGAACAAAAGACCCAGAGCGCUAUUGGUCUGGAGAGGGAAUGGUGAACACGCCUUGCCCGGAAAACUUGUUUAAGCUAGCGCUUUCUUCAAAUUCGAGGUCUACUCCCUCCCUCCCUCCACUCGUGCAAAGAGCGUCAAGAACAGGAAUGACAUUCGCCUUGUCCUAGAGGCGCCUUGAUGUUCGUUUAUUCAUGCUCAAGGAACAUUAGAGAUGGCCUAAUGCUGAAUGGACUGCUCCAAACAUGUCGGCCUACACCAUCUCCUUAGUGGAUUCUAGGCGCCCAAAUCUAUGUUGAUGUGAAAUGCCUUCCCGUUACUCAACGUUAUGUGACAUCAUUUUUCUACUGCCAUUCCUUUGUGUACUUUUCGAAAUGGCAAAAUUGUUCUUGCUUUUGUAACUGUACAUAUAUGUAAAACACGUUUAAGUUUUGCUGACUUAAAUGCAAUGCGUAACAACAAAGAAAACAGGAUUUGGUCACAUUUUAUAUAAUUCUACGAUUAUUUUGUAAACUUAAGUCGUCACAGUGUCCUCAUAUUUAAAAAGUCCAUUGCAUACAAUUGUUUUUUAAACCAAUAAAACAGGGGCUACAUUGAAACCUGAA